AUGGCCCCAGCAGCCCUCGUCUCAACCUACACCCCACCCCCGGUUUCCGGACCCAAAACCAAGAAGGCCACCCGCCCCACCAAGAAGCUCCCCAAAUCCCUCAUCGAGGGCGCUAAGGUUGCCCAGAAGCGCAAAUUUGACCCAAGCGAGCACCUUGUCUACCAGCCCCCGGAGAAGAUCCAUAAAAUGGCCGACUUUGGCCUCGACAGAGCAGGCAUCUCUCCCAACGCUAUCUCCGAGCCUUUCCGCCUGUUCACGGCCGAGGCGAUUAACCAAAUGCGCGCUGAGAUCUUCAGCGAGCCCGUGCUAAAAGAUUGUCAAUAUACAAGCGAUUUCUGCCCAACCAUGGUCAGGGGUAUGGGACACAAACGAGCCCCAUUCACCUACGACGUAUGGAAAUCUCCAGAGGUUCUAUCUAAAAUCUCCGAUAUCGCCGGCAUAGACCUGAUCCCAGCCUUCGACUACGAAAUCGCAAAUAUCAACGUCGCCAUCAAGGAUGACGAACCGCCUGCAUCCCAAGCCAGCAACUCAUCCACCAAGCCCCCCGUAGAUGACGAUGCCCCGGCUUUCGCCUGGCACUACGACUCCUUCCCCUUUGUCUGUGUCACGAUGCUCUCCGACUGUACUUCCAUGGUCGGCGGUGAAACCGCCAUCAAGCUUCCCAACGGCACCAUCAAGAAGGUUCGUGGACCUGCGCAGGGAUACGCGGUCGUCAUGCAGGGACGGUAUUUGGAGCACCAGGCGUUGAAGGCUGUUGGUGGCCGGGAGAGAAUCACAAUGGUGACGCCGUUCCGGCCUAAGGAUGCAGAGGUGCGCGAUGAGAUUUUGCUCACUGGCACUCGGGGAAUCAGUAAUCUGGAGGAGAUGUAUCCCCAGUACUUCGAGUACCGCAUGGAGGUUCUGGAGGAGAGGGUUCGGGCACAGCGCAAGAGAGAAAGGGAGAGGGGUCUUACUGGACGGCCCUUCAAUGUCGAGGAAACGAGGAGGUGGGUGGCGGAGCAGAGGGACUUUUUGGAUAGUAUUCUCAACGGGAUGGUUGUUGUCGAGUAG